AUGUCUAAUCCACGCAGACCCUAUUCCCUGCACUCUGCCCAGCAGAGCCGGAGCAGCAACUACUCCCAUACUUCUCCCUCCCGCACCCAAACCCCCGGGCAUUCCGAUCGCGAUGACCAAGAACAGUCGCUGUUGCACCGCAGCAUGGCCAGUCCCUACGGCACGCCCUAUGAAGACCCCAGCGUCUCCACCGACUCUCUACGUCGCUACACCCUUCACGAUCCCGGUGUCACCGUCUUCGCCGCGCCCCCGUACCAGGAAUCCGAGUCGGCCGACGUCUACGACGCCCACAUGUCGGACAAGGACGCCAUCAAUCUGAAUACCUGGCAGCAGCCCAGCGUCAGCGGGCGCUCGGGCGGCCUGCGCCGCUAUGGCACCCGCAAGAUCAACCUGGUGCAGGGCUCCGUGCUGAGCGUCGACUACCCCGUGCCUAGUGCGAUCCAGAAUGCCAUCCAGCCCGAGUACCGCGAGGCGGAGGAGGCCUUCCCGGAGGAAUUCACCCAUAUGCGAUACACCGCGGCCACCUGCGACCCCGACGAGUUCACCCUGCGGAACGGGUAUAAUUUGCGCCCGGCCAUCUAUAACCGCCACACCGAGCUGCUCAUUGCCAUCACCUACUACAAUGAAGAUAAGGUGUUGACCGCCCGCACGCUGCACGGCGUCAUGCAGAAUGUGCGCGAUAUCGUCAAUUUGAAAAAGUCGGAAUUCUGGAACAAGGGAGGCCCGGCCUGGCAGAAGAUAGUCGUGUGCCUGGUGUUUGAUGGGAUCGAGCCCUGCGACAAGAACACCCUCGACGUGCUCGCCACGAUCGGAAUUUAUCAAGAUGGGGUAAUGAAGAAGGACGUGGAUGGCCGCGAGACCGUCGCCCAUAUCUUCGAAUAUACAACCCAGCUCUCCGUCACCGCAAACCAACAGCUGAUCCGACCACAUGGAAACGACUCAUCCAACCUUCCUCCCGUCCAAAUGAUCUUCUGCUUGAAGCAGAAGAACAGCAAGAAGAUCAACUCCCACCGCUGGUUGUUCAACGCCUUCAGCCGGAUCCUCAACCCCGAGGUCUGCAUUCUGAUCGACGCCGGAACCAAGCCCGGACGCAAGUCUCUUCUCGCUCUCUGGGAAGCCUUCUACAACGACAAAACGCUCGGCGGCGCCUGCGGUGAAAUCCACGCCAUGUUAGGCGCGGGAUGGCGGAAGGUCCUGAACCCGCUCGUGGCCAUGCAGAACUUUGAAUAUAAAAUCUCCAACAUCUUGGAUAAACCGCUCGAAAGCGCUUUUGGCUACGUCAGCGUGCUACCAGGUGCUUUCUCCGCCUACCGUUAUCGAGCCAUCAUGGGCCGACCGCUGGAACAAUAUUUCCAUGGCGACCAUACCCUGUCCAAGCGCCUCGGCAAGAAGGGUAUCGAGGGUAUGAAUAUUUUCAAAAAGAACAUGUUCCUGGCAGAGGACCGCAUUCUGUGCUUCGAGUUGGUGGCCAAGGCCGGGUUCAAAUGGCACUUGACCUACGUGAAGGCCUCCAAGGCCGAGACUGAUGUGCCUGAGGGCGCGCCGGAGUAUAUCAGUCAACGACGACGCUGGCUCAACGGCUCCUUUGCUGCUGGGUUGUAUGCGAUGAUGCAUUUCGGGCGGAUCUAUCGCAGUGGACAUAACAUCGUGCGGCUGUUCUUCCUGCAUAUCCAGAUGAUCUACAACUUCUGCCAGCUCAUCAUGACCUGGUUCUCUCUUGCGUCUUACUGGCUCACGAGUUCGGUCAUUAUCGAUCUGGUCGGUACGCCGAGUGAAACAAACAAGAACAUCGGCUGGCCGUUUGGGAACGAGGCGACGCCCAUCGUCAACAACUUUAUCAAAUACGGCUAUCUUUUCUGUCUCAUGCUGCAGUUCAUUCUGGCGCUAGGCAACAAACCCAAAGCAACCCGACUCCCAUACACCCUCUCGUUCCUGUACUUCUCGCUCGUCCAGAUCUAUGUGCUCGUCCUCUCAUUCUACCUGGUCGCGAACGCGUUCACAGGCGGCAUGCUAGAUUUCAACUUCGACAACGGCGUCGGCGCGUUCCUCUCGUCGUUCUUCAGCUCCAGCGGCGGAGGUAUCGUCCUGAUCGCCUUGGUCUCCACCUACGGCAUCUACGCCGUGGCCAGUCUGCUCUACAUGGACCCGUGGCACAUCCUCACGAGCUCGUGGGCGUACUUCUUCGGACUGACGACGUCGAUCAACAUCCUGAUGGUCUACGCCUUCUGCAACUGGCACGACGUGUCGUGGGGCACCAAGGGCUCCGACAAGGCGGAGAACCUGCCCUCAGCGCAGACGAAAAAGAGCGACGACAACAAGCAACAGAACUUCAUCGAGGAAAUCGACAAGCCGCAGGCGGACAUCGACUCGCAGUUCGAGGCGACCGUCAAGCGGGCGCUGGCGCCGUGGGUUGAGCCGGAGGAGGACUCCGGGACGAGUCUCGACGAUGGAUACCGGAAUUUCCGAACGGUGCUCGUCCUGCUGUGGGUGUUUAGUAACCUCAUUGUGUCGUUGUUGAUCACCAGCACGGGGGUGGAUAGAAUGUGCUUGACGAAUACUUCCACCACCCGCACCUCGUGGUACUUCCAGGUUAUCCUGUGGGCUACAGCUGGUCUGUCGAUUUUCCGCUUCCUGGGGUCGCUGUGGUUCUUGGGUAAAUCGGGUAUUCUGUGCUGCGUGAACCGGCGCUGA